GGCCAGGGAGAGGGGAGGGGAGGGGGGGCCGCGCCGCGAGAGCCGUUGGGCCUGGCUCUGAGAAGGCGUUGCCGCUGCCGCUGCCGUUGCCGCCACCAGGAAACACAAGGAGUGGGACCAAGCGCAGCGUGGCGAUGGGCGGGAGUAAAGCCCCUCCAGAGACGCUGGGCGGCCGCCGGUGACAGACUGUGCUCUGUCCACUGCACCUCCUGCAUGUCCUGCUGCCCUGAGCUGUCCCAAGCUAGGUGACAGCGUGUCACACUGCCACCAUGAACGAGGUGUCUGUCAUCAAAGAAGGCUGGCUACAUAAGCGCGGUGAAUACAUCAAGACCUGGAGGCCCCGGUACUUCCUGCUGAAGAGUGAUGGCUCCUUCAUUGGCUACAAGGAGCGGCCCGAAGCCCCUGACCAGACCCUGCCCCCUCUCAACAACUUCUCCGUUGCAGAAUGCCAGCUGAUGAAGACCGAAAGACCACGGCCCAACACCUUUGUCAUUCGCUGCCUACAGUGGACUACCGUCAUUGAGAGGACCUUCCAUGUCGACUCUCCAGAUGAGAGGGAGGAGUGGAUGCGGGCCAUCCAGAUGGUCGCUAACAGCCUCAAGCAGCGGGUUCCAGGUGAGGACCCCAUGGACUACAAGUGUGGCUCCCCCAGCGACUCUUCUGCAGCCGAGGAGAUGGAGGUGGCAGUCAGCAAGGCGCGGGCCAAGGUGACCAUGAAUGACUUCGACUAUCUCAAACUCUUGGGCAAGGGCACCUUUGGCAAAGUCAUCCUGGUGCGGGAGAAGGCCACCGGCCACUACUAUGCCAUGAAGAUCCUGCGGAAGGAAGUUAUCAUUGCCAAGGAUGAAGUUGCCCACACAGUCACUGAGAGCCGGGUCCUCCAGAACACCAGAUAUCCCUUCCUCACGGCGCUGAAGUAUGCCUUCCAGACCCACGACCGCCUGUGCUUCGUGAUGGAGUAUGCCAACGGCGGUGAGCUCUUCUUCCACCUGUCCCGGGAGCGGGUCUUCACGGAAGAGCGGGCCCGCUUUUAUGGCGCAGAGAUUGUCUCCGCCCUCGAGUACUUGCACUCGAAGGAUGUGGUGUACCGCGACAUCAAGCUGGAAAACCUCAUGCUGGACAAAGAUGGCCACAUCAAGAUCACUGACUUUGGCCUAUGCAAAGAGGGCAUCAGUGAUGGGGCCACCAUGAAAACCUUCUGUGGGACCCCCGAGUAUCUGGCACCCGAGGUGCUGGAGGACAACGACUAUGGUCGCGCUGUGGACUGGUGGGGGCUGGGCGUGGUCAUGUACGAGAUGAUGUGCGGCCGCCUGCCCUUCUACAACCAGGACCACGAGCGCCUCUUCGAGCUCAUCCUCAUGGAGGAGAUUCGCUUCCCACGCACGCUCAGCCCUGAGGCCAAGUCCCUGCUCGCCGGGCUGCUUAAGAAGGACCCUAAGCAGAGCUCCUGCCACCCUUCAAACCUCAGGUCACAUCCGAGGUCGACACAAGGUACUUUGACGAUGAGUUCACGGCCCAGUCCAUCACAAUCACACCCCCGGACCGCUAUGACAGCCUGGGCUCACUCGAACUGGACCAGAGGACCCACUUCCCCCAGUUCUCCUACUCGGCCAGCAUCCGCGAGUGAGCAGCGCCGCCGCCGCCACCACAGGACGCAGGCUGCCACCACCGCUGGGGGCUGUCUUCUCUUUUUUUAUUUUGCCUUUUUUGUUUGUGUCCCCAUCCUUCACGUUCUCACACCCAUUUCCAGUUUUUUUCUUCAGCCCUCUGCCAAACUGGACUCCGUGGUCCCAGGGGCCCUGCCUCCCGGAUCCUGCCCUGCCCUUGCCUUUGCGCCCAGACCAGGAUGUGAGAGACUCUCCGCCGCCUUCCCCAGGAUCAUGCCUUCGGCGAGGGGAAAGAUUCUGAUUUUUAAUUACCGCAAGCCCCAGUGAGGGGCAAAGCUUGGAGCCAUGGGCCUGCCUGGAUUUCCAGCCAGGGUGCCCACAGACAGCCUGCCCCCAGGCUGCAGCCUCCGUCGAGAUUACCUUGUGGGACGUGACGCCCGGUGGACAGGGGCCUGGUGCUGCCCUCCACACCCUGUUGUUAGGCUCCGUGUGGCCUGGUGCAGGGCGAUCCAGCUCCUCCUGUCAUGGGGGCAGAAAAGCAAUAAUGUCCAGGGACAGGCAGGGGCCUCGGGAAUCUACAAGGGGUUUAGAGCUCCCUCAAGUGCAUGGGGCCUCAUCUGCCCCGUGGGGAACCAGGAGGGGCCUGGGGGGCCGGUGCUGCCUCCUGGCCCCGCCUUCCCCACCUCAUAAGGUGCUCUCCUGACCAUGUGGACAAGGCAGGAGGAACAUUUGGGGGCUGGCCUCCCAGCCCCCCCAGCCCCGUGCCUUACCAGGGCUUCCUUCCAGCUGGCCUUACCUUCCGCUGGACCCCAGGCCUGGCCCCAGCCCCUCCCAAGGAUGGGGGCUGGGGUUGCCCCCUUCUCUCCGCCUGGCGCAGAGCUGUUACACAUCUCGCACCGAGACAGUAUUGGGUCCUGUGGGUGGGCUUGGGGCGAGGAGGAGGUGGGGGUGAGUAUCUGGUACGUCUGGGGUGGGGGCCUCUGAACAGGGAGGCUCCAGGCCACCCCACCCCUUCCUCCUCUCAGGCCCCAAGUUCUACAGCCUUAAGGUAAACACGUGUCAGGGCUGUGGGCACGUGUGCGUGUGCCUCGGACUGUUUGUGUCCGUAGGUAUCCCUGUGCAUCUGGGAUGCAGGUGACAUGGGGGGUGUGUAUGUGUGUGCAAGGGCAAGCCUGUCCUAGCCACGUGUGUGUGUGUGUGUGGGUGGCAUGUGUGGGCUUGGGCCCUGACCCCGGCCUGAGCAUUUCAUCCUGUGGGGAGGGGUGCUGGCCUAGCGGGGGAAGCCGCACCUGGGGUCCACUUGCUGCCCUGUCCCUCCCCUCCCCUCCCCUCCCCUCCCUUCCCCCGCAACAUCUCCGGGUGUAUGGAAUUUAGUUUUUGUGGUUUUGAUCUCCCCACCCCACCUCCUGUACCAGACAAUUCACAGGAAGACAUCCUAGGGUGGGGUGAGGGUUGGUUUGGGCGGGUGGGGGGUGUUUUUUCCUCUUUGUGUAUGUCAUUUAUCUGACAGUUCUCCCAUCUUCCCACUGGCCUUUCCCUAUUCCUCAUAUUUGUACGGUACAAGCAAUAAAGACACUCGUUUCUGACCAGGGCUGUCACCCUGGGCCUGACCUUGUUUAUGGGGACCGGCCCCCAGCACUAGCCGCCUCCUGCCCCCACUACUCCACGCACAGCGCUAUCAAACACGAGGUGGGGAAGCAGGUGGAGGAGGCCUCUGAGGGUGGGGAUGAGCCUGACCUGCAUGUGCAGCGGGACCUGGCGCCUGGGGAUGUGGAGGGGAGGAAGGGAGACUCAGCGUGGGAGCGUGUGCUAUGCGUGAAAGCUCCCUGGGACUCGGGCAGGGGCAUGGUGGACAGAAACCAUUCCAGGCUCUCAGAAGCUGCUUAGGCAAAAGAGGUGGGGUGGAGGGACAUGGGUGGUUCUGAACAAGGAGGGUGUGCGAGGUGUUGCUGAGCCCUGAAUGUGAGCAUGAGAGGGAUUGGAUUUGCUUCACAUGGUCCUUGUGAAGGACCAUUGCACAGCCCCUUCCCGCCCUUGUGCUAAACCAGGGAGAGGGACUUGUGCCUGCCGGUGGGGAGCGCCUCAGGUUUGUCUACAGCCCUCAGCUCUGGGAAUCCUGAUCGCUGUCCCCCUUACCCUGAGUCCCCAUGCUUGAAACACUCCUCCUGGACCCCCAGACCAGGGCUGUCCCCGCCGAGCCCUGCAUAGGUGAAUUUGAUAUCAUAUUUUGCCAGGUAUUAGGGCUUCACACACAUGGAGUCUUUGAGAUCUUUGGUGAGGGCAGUGGAAAAGUUGGAUCCAGUUUAUAGAAAUCUGCAUUAGCUACAGCUAAGACUCAGGGAAUUUUGUUUUUCAGACUUUCUAUGGACUUUAUUUGAUUACAAAAGUAUGUCCUGGUAGGUGUUAGGUAAACAACAGGGACACUUACAGGGAAAAACCUCCUCUCUUCCCGUGGGUCACGGUCCCCCACUUGGGCACAUUCAGGAGCCUACCUCAGGUUAGGGUUGUUUCUCACUCCCCCGGAUGGGGCCCCGCAGACUGUUUCCCCGUUGAGUGUACGUCCUUAGGUGUCAGUUGUGCUCCUUAACUUCUGUAGGGAACUCCCAAAGAGGGAGUUUUAGGUGGAAGAGUUUCAAUAAAGUUUUACCAAUUUGAGUAUAUUAAUCUCUUUUGUCAUGUGCAUGUAGCAAAUUUCAUCAGAAGUGGUAUGUGGGUGUGUGUGUAAGAAUAAUGCAAGCAAAACAAAAGUAUGAAUAAGAACGUCCCAGGCCUUUGUACUCACUACUCUGCAGAGAUGGACAUAUUUUGAAAAGAUAGCUUCCCCUUUCCUUGCAUAAGGCUUUCCUCUCAGUAUCACCAGGCCCUGGGCUCCAUCCUGCCACAUCUUCCCCUUGCACCUACCAAUAUACGUGCAUUAAUAGGCUUGGUAACGAUGAGAUCCUCUCAACUCCUGUCUGGGUUUGGGGGCUCCACGGGACAUUACUCUCCAGUUGCUUCACAAGGGCCCUGGGAGUGUGUGGGCCCCAGCUGGUUCGCCUGCCCACUGUUGACAGUUUACUUGGCUUCCAAGUUUUGUUCUGUUUUGCUGCUAUCAGUAGUGCUUUAAUAAACCUUAACAAUCCA